AUGGCAAAAGAUGGCAGCGGUGAUGGAGUGCAAAAUAAAAGCGAUGACUCAUCGGUUACCAGCGUUUCAGAUUCAGCAAAAUUGAUCGCACCAAGAUCUCAUCGUCCAAAAUCAAUCAUAACGGAGUUUUCUAAUGAUAUGGCUGAAGAUAAGGUGAAUUUCGAUUCGCCCCCAAUGCCGUCUGCAUUAAAACAUGUAUCGAAAUACCGUCCGAGGCCGAUGAGGAACUACAACAAGAGAACUAAGCCCCAGGCAGUUCUGGUGGAAGUGCAACGAAGUCACAGUGGAAGCGAAAAUGGCGACAACUCAGUAGUUUACGACACGGCCGCAAACGAAUUAUCGCCAUGUUCACCGGGGGAAUCGGAGGCCGACGGCAACUCCAGUAAUCGGUCAGUUACCGACGAACAGCAUUCUCGUUCACCUGUUGUGGCGCGUCGUAGUGCAAUGUUACCUCCGCAGGAAAACACCGUGCAGCCGUCUGCACCACCUUUACCAACUACAGCGCCUCCGAUUGUGCCUCGACGAGGCAGAGACGGUGCUCCGAUCAUACCUCCAACUUUGCCGCCAAAGCCUGAUCAGAUUGUGACGGCUCGCCCGGUGAGCUGUACCGUUGAUGGCGAAAACGGAUCGUCUGGCCGUAAAUCAGUUGCAGAUAUGGCGCGCCUCUUCUCAUCCACUGAUGCUCCGUUCAGUCGUCGAUCUUAA